AUGGAACAGCGUGUCGAUCACCGGCCGCAGCCGCCCGUCAGACCGUCUGCUGCAUCUGCCCGAGACGAUCUGGAGACGUCUGGGCCGCCGUCGUCACGGUCACGGUGUCACCAUCCGGUCCUGGGCGACGCCGUGAUGCGGCUCGAGACGAUCCGCGAGCGCAACAGCGCCUACAGUGAGGACGGCAGUGAGUUCAUCGACCUACCGCUGCCGCCCGUUCCAGCGGGGGGUCGGCCACCGAAACCGGAGGUACCGCCGCGCCCCAAAUUCUUACCGGAAGCGGUGGCGUCGGCGGCGGCCGGCCGGCAGAAUGUGCUGUCGGUGGCGGCGAGCGAGUACCUCUGCUCCCGGCUCCGUGACUUCGAGGAGGAAGACGAGGAGGAAGGCGGCGGGGAGGAGGCUGACGGCGUGGAGGAGAUCAUCCUGGAACCGACCGUUCCCGACGACCUCCGAUCGAUCGAGAGCAGCGCCUCGAACACGCUGCGCAAGAGCUCCUGGAGUGUGACCUCGUCCACCGGCGGUGACCAGUCGGGCGGGGCGCGACUCUCGGCCAGCGCCAGCGAUGGCGACGACAGCGACGUGGACGACGAUGGCGAACGUUCGUCCGGAUACCGGGACAAGUCGCCCUUCCUGCGCUCGGUGUCACUGUCGCCGGUCGGGCGUCGUUACCGCAGGCAGCAGACGUCUUCCGGACUGCGACGCCGGAAGACACCGUCGAGAACUUCCGCCGUUGGUGGCCCGUCGUCGGCCGCUCCGUGGAGGCGCCACCACGAGCACCACGAAGCAGAUGAGUCAACCUGUUGCGACGAUGACUUUACCUGGGUGCGCACCCAAGCUAGACUGGAAGCUCCGAAGGCUUCGGUCGAGUCCGACGUUCGACGGUCGAUGUCGCGCACCGCACCCGGUACGCGAACACCUUCGCGCGCCGACCGCGGCGAGGCAGCAUCCGUGGCGGCGCGAGCUGACGCGAGCGGGGCCAGCACUCCGGGCCCGAGCGGUAAACCACCGAGACCGUUGCGGGAAACGGGCAGCCUCGAUCGGCGGCGGCACCUCGGCUCAAGCCGCCACGAGCGGGACAGCAAGAGCCGCAGCACCCACUCGCUGAAGGAGAAAUCCUCGUCGUCCGAGUUCCCCAAGCACGACUCGAUGUCGAGCAACCUUAGUCUCAACUCCAAAGAUCACCAUCACGAUUCCGGCAGCUACAAUAACUACAACAGCAGUGGUAGCGGCAGCCAACAGCAGCAGCAGCAGCACCAUCAUCAUCACCACCGUCAGCGGCAGAGUCCGAGUCCGGGUAUCUGGGAACCGCCGCCACCGCCACCACUGUCCCACUGGGAUCCGCACUACUACUGGGGGGCUUAUCCGCACCAUCCUCAUCACCACCAACAGCAGGGCAGCCGGGAAGAGCUACGGUUAAUCGACUACCACCGGCGCCAGCAGCAGGAACUCUACCGCUACGGGAGCAGCAGUGCACUGGGCAGCAGUCAGGAUCUGUCAUCCUGUGCGAGCGGGUGUUGCAGUCGCAGUUUUUAUCCUCCUCCGCCACCGCUACCGCCACCGGGCGCUGGAUGCUGCUCCUGCGAUCAUCGAUCGCCCUGGAGCAAGGAUUGUCAGCGCCAGGAUACGGACGAGCGUCUGCGGCGGCUGCAGACGGACAAGGAAGCGCUAGCGCUGCAAGUGAAGGUGCUCACCGAGCAGGUGCAGACACUGACGGCGAAGAUCGGCGAGCUCGAGCGCACGGUCAAGGAGAAGAACCAGCUGCUCGCGAACGCCGAAGAUCUACUGCAGCGAGUAAGCGUAUUUGCAAAAACAGUUGGCAUCCAGAUUGACAAACAAAAAGAAAUGCUGUCGCGAUCAUCGCUGGAAACGCAGAAACUAGAACUGAUGUCGGCCAUGAGUGAGCUGAAGCUCCAGCAGGCGGCACUCGAGCGGGAAAACCUGGAACUUCGCACGAAUUUCAUGACCAGCUCCAGCGGAUCGGCGGCCCUGAUGAAUGGCAGUCUUACGAAUGGCGGUGUCACUUCCGCGGUCACGAACGCACUGAAUAACAAUAGCAUUACGUCGGGAUUGCUGCGACGGCCUCAGAUUAUCACCAGCACGCGAAUGGUGGGCAUGUCGGCCUGUGCGCCCGGUACCGCCCUAACGUCAUCCCCGUUGCACCACGGAAGCCACGGAAGCUUGCCUCAGACGGCUAUCAGCCCCAUCACCCCGAAGACACCGUCGGCCACGUACCGACAGCGAGUCGAUGUUCACUACAGCAGUCUUCCACGACAAGCCUUCGCCACCACACUGUCGACCGUCAGCACAUCGAGCGGAUCUUCGACGGCGACGGAUAGUAACGCGAACCCGAAACGAAACGUGGCCUUCGCUGAAACAGAAAAUGCUAACGAUGAUCGGACAGAUGGAUCGCUGCCACAACGGAGCUUUACUCCGCAACCGGCUCCUUCGCCCUCGAUGAGCAACAAGCUGAAGAACAUUUUCGGCAAGAUCAAGCGGAGCAACAGCGGAACGCUAGACGAUCUGCCAACCGGUGGUGGUGGUGGUGGUGAGUUCAAGCGCGGUGGCGUACGAGCGACUGCCGGUGCCAGGUUAGGCUGGAGCGGUUCGGCUCCGUACCGUAAGCCUGACAAAGCGUUCCGCGACUGGGAUCUGGAAGCGGUGUGUCAGUGGUUCGACCACCUAGGGUUGAGCAUGUACGAGGAGGAAUUGCGGCGCUGGCUCACGCCAAGCGCAGCGGCUGCCACCGAGCUACUGAAAGCGUCACCGGUCGAUGUGGAGAAAGAACUAAACCUGCGCCAUCCGUUGCAUCGCAAGAAAAUUGUCCUGGCUCUUGCGGAUGUAUCCGGAACGGAGAACGACGAUGAGCUGUUCACGAGUGCUGGCAAGCUCGACACAGCAUGGAUCAUACGAUGGCUCGAUGACGUCGGAAUGCCACAGUACAGGGAAGCGUUCACGGCCGCCCGAAUGGACGGUCGGAUGUUGCACAAACUGACCAUGGACGACCUGGUGCACCUGCAGAUGACGUCGUGUCUGCACGUUGCCAGCAUACGCCGCGGCAUACAGCUGAUGCGUCAUGAAAAGUGGCAUCCCGAGUGUCUGGUACGGCGACCACUGCCACCGGAUUCGACCGUGAAGGAUGAUGUGCGGCUCUGGAGUUCUCUGCGGGUGCACGAGUGGCUCCGGGCGGUCGAUCUGGCCGAAUACUCACCGAACCUACGCGGUUCCGGUGUCCACGGUGCGCUAAUGAUAUUCGAGGUUAAGUUCACGGCUGAACUGUUCGCUGAUCUGCUGAGCAUACCGUCGAGCAAAACGCUCCUGCGCCGGCACCUGGCCACCCACUUCAAAGACCUACUCGGUCGAGACAUCAUACAGGUGAAGCGGGAAGCAGAGAACACACUCGGCUUUCAACCGCUGACGAUUUCGGCAAAGAUCAAGACCCCGAAGAAAUCACAAUUUUCACUGAAACGCAAAAAGAGCACCAAAGGCCUGCUGGGCGGAGAGGAAUGGAGUGACUAUGUCUGCCCGAUGGGUGGCUCAGGUCAGGAACAUUUUCCUGCGGGAACUGCCGCCGCUAGUGCCGCCGCUGCUGCUGCUGCUAACGCCUUUACCUCAAACGCUUCUUCCGCUAACACUAACAAUGUCACUAGCAUUGGCAUGACGAAGAGUCCCUCAACGGUACCAACUGCCUAUCCCGACAGCACCACCAGCAGCAGCACCAGCACAACUACUUCCGGAGUCGGGUCGGAGCUUGCUUCACAUCAUCCACCGCCGCUGACUAACGGCUCGGUGCCGCUGACGAUGAUGAUGAUGGCCGGCACUAACGGAACGGCAAACGGGAGCGGCGGCAGUGGAAGCGGCACAGGUGGUGGUAGUGAUUCGCCCACAUCGACACGAAGCUCCACCACCUCGACCUCCUAG